UUUCCUCCAAAGGCAUUUCCUGCCGUCCGCGCUCCCAGAAUUACACAGCUGUACGCCAGCGGUUAUGGCAUGCUAUGGACCGCUAUUUUAUCUCCCCAUCAUCUUCCAUCUCUUGAGGAUGCAGGUGUGCGCGUUUAACUUCCAACUUCCAACUGUAUCGCGUUUGGAAAACAGCGUUUCGAGCGGCCUUUUCACAUUUUGAGACGGCAUAAGGCGCAAGCGUUACUUUGUUUCGGGACAAACGGGAGCGUCGCACACUUCCAUUCCUUUUAAUACGUGACUGACGGCUGCUGAGGUGAUCGGAACCCAAUCAAACCCAAACCCAGAGCCGUUCUAGAUCUGACAUGAAGUCGUUCGGAUACGUCUAGAUCUCCUGCCACGUUUCGGUCUUCGAGGGCUGAAGUUGCGACUGCAACAGAGGUGGACAGACUGGCCGGCACAAUGAAGGAGGAGAACUUGUUCCGCAGACGGUUCUCUCUCUGUCCCACAGCGACGUCCCCUCCCAAGAUUGACCCGCGUAUGCUUACCCGCAACCUGUCCUAUGGGGGAGACAAUGAGCUGUACCCACUCAGCCCAGGUAAUGAAACGGAGAGGAAUGGUUUGCCUUUACUGAGGGACGAGGUCAGUCCGGUCCGCUCGCCCAGCAGCGCGUCGGAAUCCAGGAUGUUUAUCGGUUUGGAGAAGGAGUCUUCCUCGCCCACGGAGAAGCUGGCAAGGAAAGAAUCGCUUAAGGUUCAGAAGAAGAACUAUCGACAGGAGAAGAAGAGGGUCGCCAAAGAACUGUUCAGUGCACUUAAGGAUCCAAGUGUGGUUAUUAUGUCCAACUGGCUAAAGAUUCGAGGGACAUUGAAGAGUUGGACGAAACUGUGGUGCGUCCUGAAGCCUGGGAUUCUCCUGAUUUACAAGACACCCGGUUCAGAUCACUGGGUGGGAACGAUUCUUCUCAAUGCCUGCAAACUCAUCGAAAGGCCUUCAAAGAAGGACGGAUUCUGCUUCAAACUCUACCAUCCGCUGGACAAGUCCAUAUGGGCCAUGAAGGGUCCUAAAGGCGAAUCUGUGGGCUCCAUCACUCAACCUUUACCUAGUAACUACCUGAUCUUCAGAGCAGCGUCUGAAUCUGAUGGACGCUGUUGGAUGGACGCUCUAGAACUGGCUCUGAGCUGCUCCAGUCUGUCUAAGAUGACGGCGAAGAGCGGCAGGGAUGGAGACGUGAGCGGCUCCUCUGAGUCCUCACACAUACUGCAGCUGCUGCAGAGCUCGGCUCUCACCGACCAGGACCUGCUGCAGUUGAAUGACUCCAUGUUGGAAAACCAUAUGGAGAACGACGCCAACUCGGACAAAUCGGAGAGGGAGGCGCAUGAAGACUCGGACAAUGCGGCCAAUGAGAACGGAGGCAGAUUGACGGAGGAGAGCGAUAUGGACCAAUCGGAUGACGUCUGCCUUCAGGCCACGGUGUUUGUGGAAGAAGCCCAUGAAGAGAUGGGAGAGGCUGGCGAGGCGUCUCAGGUCGAGACGGUCUCAGAGGAGAAUAAGGGUUUGAUUUGGACUCUCCUGAAGCAGCUGAGGCCAGGGAUGGACCUGUCCAAAGUGGUUUUGCCAACGUUUAUCCUGGAGCCGCGUUCGUUUCUGGACAAGCUGUCGGAUUACUACUAUCAUGCCGACCUGCUGUCCCAGGCUGUGAUUGAGGAGAGCCCGUACUGCAGGAUGAAGCAGGUCUUGCGCUGGUAUCUGUCCGGCUUCUACAAGAAACCAAAGGGUCUGAAGAAACCGUACAACCCUAUUCUAGGAGAGAUGUUUCGAUGCUGCUGGCUGCAUCCACAAACAGACAGCUGUACAUUUUACAUGGCAGAGCAGGUUUCUCAUCAUCCUCCCGUUUCAGCUUUCUACAUCAGCAACAGGAAGGACGGCUUCUGCAUUAGUGGAAGUAUUCUGGCCAAAUCCAAGUUUUAUGGGAACUCGCUGUCUGCUAUACUCGAUGGAAAGGCCAGACUCGUGUUUCUGACCCGAGACGAAGAGUACGUCAUCACAAUGCCCUACGCUCACUGUAAAGGGAUUCUGUAUGGUACAAUGACACUAGAGCUUGGCGGGAAAAUCACUAUUGAGUGUGAAAAAACACAAUGUUACACAGAACUUGAAUUCAAACUGAAGCCUUUUCUUGGCAGCUCUUCCAACGUUAACCAGAUUUCUGGAAAGAUCCGUAUGGGGGAAGACGUUCUGGCUACAGUAGACGGCCACUGGGACAGUAAAGUGCACCUGACUGAGAAGAGGACGGGCCAGCAGGAGGUGCUGUGGAACCCCAGUUCAGACAUACGGCGACAGCGGCUCAAGAGACAGGUGGUGCAGAUGGACCAGCAGGAGGCGUUCGAGUCUGAGAGGCUGUGGCGGCACGUGACCCGAGCGAUUAACGAUAAAGACCAGAUGAGAGCCACGCAGGAGAAGUUUGUGCUGGAAGAGGCUCAGCGGCAGGAGGCCCGAGAACGAGCCGAGCGGCCCUGGAGCCCACGACUCUUCACUUUCAACGGAGACACCAACGAGUGGCACUACAAAUACACAGACACUAAGCCGUGGGAUCCGGAGCGCUGCCUGCUGCAGUUUGAGAAGGACGGCGUCAUCCAGACAAAAGAGAAAUCCCAGCGCCAGCGCAGCAGCUUCUCCUACAGCCAGAACUGGGCAGGACAGCAGAAGGUGCGGGUGAAUGGCAAGCACAGGAAGUCGAGCAGCCAGCCGUCCAGCUGCAGUCAGAACACAGAGAGCAGCAGCUCAACGCCAGAACCCAACCAUGAAUCAUCCGACAAUGAAGGCUUUAUGAAUCAGUGUGCAAGAUGCACUAAAGACGUGAAGGACAUCGCUCUCAUAGAGGCUUCGGUAGCAGCUAUACAGAAAACACAGCAGGACAUCCAGAGAAACCUGAGCGCACUGGGUCGUCAGAUCGCCCGGCACAAGUCGUCGGAGGAGAGCAAGUCCUUGAGCGGCCGCCACUGUCUCAUCCUCUGCAUGCUUUUGCUCUUCCAGCUCCUCAUCAACUACGUCUUCACUUGAGAUGCUGUCACCUAGCGACCAUCGCCUAGCAAUAAACACAGCCAAACGAUCACCGUCACACAGCCCCCCUCGAAUGCCCCACCGCGAUGUCGCUACCCACCGUAGCCGCACCAUGAAGCACUAAGCACUUCAAUUAGAGAGAAAGAGACUCUUGUUUUAAUAAAUAUGACCGAUAAUCAUUUCAGAGUGGAUGUUAAACGCUGUACGACCACUCUCGGUUACUGACGUGUUCCCUCUUUCCUACGUACUUCCCUUUCUCUGCAAUAUAGGUCGUGUAUUUGUGGCAUAUUUGAAUGCAGUUGAAUGGGUGUGUGUGUCUGUGUGCGCGUUUCCCACAAAUUCCUCUUCCAUUUAUACACCGGGCCUUAAUACUGAUGCCAAAAAGGGGGAAAAAAAAAGAAAAGUCAGUGCAGUCCACCAGUGCAAUUUUAUUAUGCUUUCAACGUCUGACCACACAAAUUUGCUCGUUUUAUUAUUUUACCAAAACAGUGUUUCUGUAUAGAACAAUACAAAGAAGAGUAAAUGUUUACAAACUUGAUUGUACACAAAGGAAACAAUGCUCUGACACCAAAUGCGUCGUGUAGAUUAAGAUGAAGCUAAUAGAAUUGGCGAGAACGAACAAUCAGCCAUGAGAAUAUGGCAAGCCGGUUUAACAUUUAAUCCUUAAAACAUUCUAGAAUCUACUUUUAUGCUACUAGUACUUAUUUUUAUAGCUACUAGUAUCUAUUCCUUUUUACUUGUACUUACUGAUUAGCUAUUAGUUCAUGUUAAUUAGCUACUAGUGAUUAUUCAUUAGCUAACAGUGUUUAUCCAUUAGUUACUAGUUCUUUUCUAUUAGCUACUAGUGAUGAUCCAUUAGCUACUAGUGGUUAUUCUUUAGACACUAGUACUUCUCCAUUAGCUACUAGUUCUUUUUCAUUAGCUACUAAUGAUUAUUCAUUAGCAAUUAGUACUUACUCAUUAACUACUAGUCCUUAACCAUUAGUUACUAGUUUUUAUUCAUUAGCUACUACUCCUUAUUCAUUAGCUACUAGUCUUUUUUAAUUAGCUUUUAGUACUUACUCAUUAGCUACUAGUGGUUAUCCAUUAGCUACUAGUUUUUAUUCAUUAGCUACUUCUUCUUAUUCAUUAGCUACUAGUCUUUUUUAAUUAGCUACUAGUACUUAUUCAUUAGCUACUAGUACUUACUCAUUAGCUACUAGUGGUUAUCCAUUAGCUACUAGUUUUUAUUCAUUAGCUACUACUCCUUAUUCAUUAGCUACUAUUCUUUUUUAAUUAGCUACUAGUGCUUAUUCAUUAAUUACUAGUACUUACUCAUUAGCUACUAGUCCUUAUCCAUUAGCUAAUAAUCAUUAUUCAUUAGCUAGUGGUGUUUAUCCAUUAGCUACUAGUUCUUUUCUAUUAGCUACUAGUGAGGAUCCAUUAGCUACUAGUGGUUAUUCUUUAGAUACUAGUACUUCUCCAUUAGCUACUAGUUCUUUUUCAUUAGCUACUAAUGAUUAUUCAUUAGCAAUUAGUACUUACUCAUUAACUACCAGUCCUUAACUAUUAGUUACUAGUUUUUAUUCAAUAGCUACUACUCCUUUUUCAUUAGCUACUAGUCUUUAUCCAUUAGCUAAUAGUUCUAAUUCAUUAGCUACUAGCUAUUUUUCUUUAGAUACUAGUGCUUAUUCAUUAGCUACUAGUACUUAUUAGUUUCUAGUCCUUAUUUAUUAGCUAUCAGUACUUACUCACUGGCCACUAGUCCUUUUUCAUUGGCUACUAGUACUUAUUCAUUGGCUGCUAGUGAUUACUCAGCAAUUAGUACUUACUCAUUAACUAUAAUGAUUAUUCAUUAGCUUAUUAGCUCAUUAGUGCUUAUCUCCAUUAAUUACUAGUUCUUAUUUAUUUAGUUAUUUCAGUAGUAACUAGUAACUAUUCUAUUGUUACUAAUAACACAUUUCCAAUUUUUGUCAUUGACUUCCAGUAGUGAAUACAUACUAGUUAAAGGUACCAGGAUCUAAUAAAAACUUAUACAUACUAGUAGUUAUUCAUUAGGUACUAGGACUUGUUUUUUAGAGACUAGUAUCUUUUGUAAUUGUUACUAGUAACUUAAUCUUACUAGUCACGCCUGAUUUUGUUUUUUGUUUUUUUGUUGUUGUUGUUUUUUCCACUUUUUCUGUUAUAACUAGCCAGAAUGGCCACUGUAGACUUCAAAUAAAAAUAUUACUAGUAGUAUGUGGUAAAAGUACUAGCAUUUAAUACUAGUACUAGUAUGUGUUGAAUAAAUACUAGUAGCUGAUUAGUAAGUACUAGUAUCUAUUUAACAGGUACAAGUGUCUAAUGAGUAAGUAAUAGCAUCUGUUUAAUAUGUAGGAUUAUCUAAUUAGUCCUUGUAUCCAAUAAAUAAGAGCUAGUACCUGAUAAUAACUAAUGAAUAACUACUAGUCUAUAAAACGUACUAGUAAAAAUUCUAAUCUUAUAAAUCACAAUUCCUUUUUACUUGUCUUUUGUUAUGGUCACUGUAGAGUUCAAUUAAAAAUCUUAGUAGUAACAUUUGUAAUACGUACUAGUAUCUAAUAAAUGUGUACUAGUAUCUGUUAAAUAAGUACUAAUAGCUAACCAGUAGGUACUAGUAUCUAAUAAAUAAGAACAUGUGUCUAAUAAAACAUACUAGUAUUUAUGUAUUAGGUACUUUUAGAAUGAAAACAGAUACAAGUAUGGUGUAAGGAUUAAAUGUUAAAUCGUCUUACCAUAUUAAGAAUACUCAUAUUCAUGACUGUUUGUUGGGCAUUGGGUUGGUCAGUCACAAUAGGGACACGUGAGGCCUUCUGGGAAGUUCCAGUUCAUUGAUGUUGCUCGGAUGAAGUGUGAUACGUUCAAUAACGAAGGUGUGACUGAGUAAUCAAAAGUGUAUAUAUUUGUUUGGAACAACUGAAAUCGAGAAUGUAUUUAUUUGAUCAUUUCACUUGAUUUGUUUUAUAUAUAUUAAUCGUACUGUUUUUAAGAACACAUUCAUUCAGGUUUUCUGGGAGCAAGUAUAGUCGAGCAUCAAAUCGCUUUCUCUUCCUAAUGUUUUUUGUUGUUGUGAAGUUUGCUUGACCCCUUGGUGGGGAAAUAUUAAGGUCAAAGUGCAGAACUUCCAAUGCAGGAUUCAUAUAGGAAAGCUUGAAUGAUGCUUGCGCUCCUGAGCCAUAGUUCAACCCAUUGACAUUUAAAAUUAUUUUUCAUUUACUUUUUCCUUUUUUUACAGAGCACAGUAUAACAUUAUCUUGUCUGAAAACUGAAAUGAAUGAGAUGUCAUUGGCUCACUGUUUGUUAAUGAUUGUUGCAAUUACAGCACCACAGUAAAGUUUUACAUUUCGA